UCUACUUGGGUCCCGCCCAGGACCUGGGAAGGAGCUUUUGUUAGCUUAGGUGGCUCAGGAGGUGGCGUAGGAAAUAAAGAGGGUCGAGUCUAUCAGAAAAGGAAAGGUUUUAUUCUGUGUUCCCGGGCGACCCACGAUCCCCAGAGGGCUCGUGGAUUCACGGCAACAGGGAGGGGGGCAGUUUUUCUAUAUUGCGGUUGGGUGAAGGGCAGGGACAUGAACUGAGGAAGUCUCCGCCACAGGGGUCGGCAGGGCGUUCAGGGAGGAGUCAGAAUCUGUGUGGGGGUCGCUGUGGAUUCAGGAAGAAGCCAGUAUCUGUGUCUGGCCCGCUGAUCUGUUAGAAAUUCCAGGGAGGGGCCGUUAUCUCAUCACAGGUCUGCAAGUAUCCGAUCCUGGGCUCCCUCCGAUCUAACAGCUUUUCCAAGCGACUCCUUCCAGCCAGUGUGUGGCCUCAGUGUUUGCCCAGAUAAGACCUCAAGGCCCGUGGGGCCUGGCAGCCGGGUGUCCACAGGAAGCCGGGGUGGGUGUGCUGCCUGCGCUGUGGGAGCCUCUUGGUCCAGCAUUGCAGCUUCUGGCAGAGGCAUGGCGUCGGCCUCCACCAGCAAGAUGCGGGAGGAGGCCACCUGCUCCAUCUGCCUGCACCUAAUGGCUGAGCCUGUGAGCAUCAGCUGCGGCCACAGCUACUGCCAGGUCUGUCUCCUGGGCUUCAUGAGCCUGAGCUCCUCCUCCCAGCAGAGCCAGAGGGACACGCCCACCUUCUCCUCCCCUGGGAGCCAGCAGAGCACCUUCUCCUCCCCUGGGAGCCAGCAGAGCACCUUCUCCUCCCCUGGGAGCCAGCAGAGCACCUUCUCCUCCCCUGGGAGCCAGCAGAGCACCUUCUCCUUCCCUGGGAGCCAGCAGAGCACCUUCUCCUUCCCUGGGAGCCAGCAGAGCACCUUCUCCUUCCCGCGGAGCCAGCAGAGCACCUUCUCCUUCCCUGGGAGCCAGCAGAGCACCUUCUCCUUCCUGCGGAGCCAGCAGAGCACCUUCUCCUUCCCUGGGAGCCAGCAGAGCACCUUCUCCUCCCCUGGGAGCCAGCAGAGCACCUUCUCCUUCCCGCGGAGCCAGCAGAGCACCUUCUCCUUCCCUGGGAGUCAACAGAGCACCUUCUCCUUCCCUCGGAGCCAGCAGGACACGCAGACCUUCUCCUGCCCCCAGUGCAGGGCUCCCUUCCAGAGAGGCAGCCUGCGGCCCAACAAGCAGCUGGGCAGCCUCAUCGCCGCCCUCCGGGAGCAGGAGCAGCAGCAGCAGCAGCUGGAGCAGGAGCUGUCCUGCCAGGAACACGGGGAGCGGCUGCACCUCUUCUGCGAAGAUGAGGGCCAGCUCAUCUGCUGGCGCUGCGAGCGCGAUGGGCGGCACAAGGGCCAUAACACGGCGAUCGUGGAGGAUGUGGGCCCCGGCUACAGAGAAAAGCUCCAGGAAGCGGUGAGGAAACUGAGGAAACUGGAAGAGGAAUGCACGAACCAGAAAGCAUUCACGGUGAAGCAGAUGGCCGAGUGGAAGGAGAAGGUAGAGGCUCAGAGACAGAAAAUCCAGGCGGGCUUCCAGAACCUGCACAGCUUCCUGAGGGAGGAGGAGAGGUCGUUCCUGUGGAGACUGGAGAGCGAGGAAGAGCGCACUCUGCAGAGACUGAGGGUCAGUGAGGCCGACCUGGACCAGCAGAGCCGCCAGCUCGAGAGCCACAUCCGGGAGCUGGAGGAGCGAUGCCAGGGCUCCGUCCAGAAGCUGCUGCAGGACGUGAAGGGCGCCCUGAGCAGGAGCCAGGCUGUGCGGCUGGAGAUGCCGGAGGCCCUGUCCUUGGAGAUUGAGACCGAAUGCGAGGUCCCCGAGCUCUACUUUGACCUGAGCAAACAUUUGAGGAGCCAUCAAGUCGGUGUGACUCUGGAUCCAGAAACAGCGCAUCCGGAACUAAUUCUGUCCCAGGAUCAGAGACAAGUGACGCGGGGCCCCCAGCGCGAGGCGGAACUCUCUCCCCGGAGGUUCAUGGCCUCGCCCUGUAUCCUGGGCCGGCAGAGCUUCGCGUCGGGGCGGCAGUACUUCGAGGUGGACGUGGGCGAGGGCACGGGCUGGGACGUGGGCGUCUGCCUGGAGAGCGUGCAGAGGCUCGGGGGGACCACGCAGAGGCCCGAGACCGGCUUCUGGGCCCUUCGGCUGUGCGCCAAGGACGGCUACGUGGCGCUGACCUGGCCGCGCACGCCCCUGCGCCUGCAGGAGCGGCCCCUGGUCGUCGGGGUUCUCCUGGACUGCGAGGUCGGGCUUGUGUCCUUCUACAGCGGGACCUCGGGCUCCCACAUGUUCACCUUCCCCAGGGCCUCCUUCCCGGACGCCCUGCGGCCCUAUCUCCAGGUUUACCCGUAUUCCCCCCUGUUCCUGCCCAGCCUGGACAAGUGAGGAGAGCAGCAGCCGCCUGUGGCUGAACCAGGAGAGAAUGAGUGUGAGGGCCGAGGGCGGGAUUCGGGCCUGUGCUCUCCAUGCUGUUUCCUGCCCCAGGGCAGUGCCGGGCUGGGAGUGGGUCCUGGAUACAUCUGCAGGGGGCGGGGGGCGGGGAUGGACAUACAGAGAUAAAGCUGGGCUGGGUGGCUCAGUGGUUGAGUGUCCUCCUAUGAACCAGGUCACGGUUCUAUUCCUGCCCGGGUUACGGGCUCGAUCCCCAGUUGGGCUGUGCAGGAGGCAGCCAAUC